AUGGGGGCCGAGUUUUCCGGCGUAGUCACCAUCACGAAUCUUGAAUUCGACAAUCGAGUGACGCUAUCAAGGGACAGUCACGCAGAACCGCUUGUGUGUAUUGUUCGAGAGCCUGUAGUCUCCGAGAUCGAACAGUGGGAACUCAGACAUGGCAGUGCUGGUCGCUAUCAGAUCUGGAACGUCAAACACAAUUUCGCAGCUUCUGUACAUGCAACGUACGACGAUGAACCGCAAGUAGUGAGCUUUGCGGGUAAGUAUUGGUGGUAUCUUGAGAGAGUAUCAGAUGUGCAAUUUGGUCCAAACGCUUAUAUGAUUCGCCCGGCGUCAAGACAUCAAAGGCACCUUUGCUGGUCGCUGAGCGACGGUGAUCCUGAAACGCCAAUACAUCUUCAGCCAUUUGCAAUGGAUCGACGCAAGAUAUGGAGGAUUUCUCCGUAUGACACAAACACUAAGAGUGGUGUUGAUCAUACCGAUGCUCAUCUACCGAUUCUGGUCCCGUCGUUGCAGCCAAGAUCAAUUGGCGAUCAGGAUCCGACAAAGCGCGAUAUUGAUGAAGCGGCGUCUCACACAACUCAAGAGUUGGACGAUAUGUAUAAACAGGUCUUGGAAGAAGUCAUGCCGGGAGUCAAGAGAGAGGAGAUAAUCCCUAUGCUUCACUCUGUGCUUGGACAAAUCGUUAUUUCACAGCUGCCACUUUCCACAUCCACCCUCAUCGCUGUGCGGCAGCACUUUCCGAGCGAGGGCAAGGAGGACAAGGCGCAACGCGCAAUCGACGUGGAGCCGAUCGUUCGAUCGCUGGGCGCAUUACUCGUCGGCACGGCUGACGAUCAAACACCGAUCCGACCGCUCCAUGCGUCAUUCUACAGUUUUCUGUUGGACAAGGAGCGGAGCGGCAACUUCAGCGUCGAAGGAUCGUCGGAGAAUCAUCGAAGGCUUGCCUUUGCUUCGCUGCAGAUCAUGAAAAUCGGGCUCCGUUUUAAUAUCUGCCGUCUAGAGAGCUCAUACGUGUCCAACUCUGCCGUCUCCAACUUGCAGGAACGCGUUGCGAGGUUUAUUUCACCAGAACUGCAAUAUUCCUGCCAAUUCUGGACUUAUCAUGUUCAAGCCGCGUCUUUCGAUUCUGCCCUGGCGAAGGAGGUGCAUUUCUUCUUCGAUGACGAGCGCAUACUCUUUUGGCUCGAAGUGCUCAGUCUGACAAAAAACCUCAGUGGAACCGCUUCUGCUCUAUCGUCGAUUGCAUCUUGGUUCCCGGAUAGCGACGAUUAUUUGCAAGUCAAGAGUACCAUCGCAGACACUGAGCGCUUCGUCAGAAUGUCCGCGGCAACCAUAUUGCGAAGCACGCCGCAUCUCUAUCUGUCAGCGUUAUCAUUUGCUCCGACAUCGUCGCAUAUAUCGCGUAAGUUCUCUGCCAAAUUUCCCAGAGGGGUCAGGAUUACCGCUGGGAGGAUGACCAGGUGGUCGUCCGUGUGGACCACGAUGCAUGGACAUGCGGACACUGUGAACUCAGUUGCGAUCUCGCAUAAUUGGCGACUAAUCGUAUCUGGGGCGAACGACGAUACAAUCCGGAUAUGGGACGCGGAGACUGGGGAAUUAGCGUGUGCUCCUCUCCGAGGACACACGGGCUCUGUUUAUUCCGUUGCCAUCUCCCACGAUGGACGACGUAUUGUGUCGGGUUCUUGGGACAAGACCGUGCGUAUUUGGGAUGCGCAGACCGGGAACCAAUUGGGCAACCCCCUGAGUGGACAUACAAAUUGGGUCACCUCUGUAGCUAUCUCGCAUGACGGACGACGUAUAGUGUCGGGCUCAAAUGACGCGACGAUCCGCGUGUGGGAUUUGGAGACCGGGGAACUGCUCGGUGUUCCGCUGAAAGGGCACACAGACUGGGUAACAUCCGUCGCCAUCUCGCAAGAUGGAAAGUCUAUCGUUUCUGGAUCGUGGGACAAAACAGUUCGGGUGUGGAGUGCAGAGACUGGUCAGCCGUUAGGCGCCCCUCUCCAAGGGCAUGCAGAUAAGGUUAAAUCCGUCGCGAUCUCACACGAUGGACGCCACGUCGUAUCCGGCUCCAUGGACAAAACUAUUCGUAUAUGGAACACGCAGACCGGAAAGCAGCUGGGAGCUCCUCUGGAAGGGCAUACGGGUUCUGUUGAAUCCGUCGCAAUCUCCAAUGACGGGCACCGCAUUGUAUCUGGUUCGUCCGACGAGACGAUCCGUAUAUGGGACAUAGAAACGACAAGCUUAGUCGGCGCCCCUCUCAGAGCGCACAAAGGCUGGGUCACUUCCGUCGCGAUCUCAUCUGACGGACACGCUAUUGUUUCUGGUUCCAAAGACACGUCAAUUCGGGUGUGGGGCACAGAAUCCAACGCAGAGACACAAGAGGCACCGGCUGCUCCUCUCAAAUCGCGCCCCGGUAUGGUCUUUUCCCUGGCGAUCUCUCCAGAUCGCCAAAGAAUCAUAUCGGGAUCGGAUGACGGUACAAUCCACGUGUGGCACUCGGGGACAGGACAGCUCGUGGGCAUUCCUCUCAAACGACACACAGGUUUCGUUCACUCUCUAGCUAUAUCACAUGACGGACAGCGCCUGGUAUCCGGCUCAGAAGACAAUACGAUAUGUGUAUGGGACCUAGAGGCUGUCAAGGCGCUGGGCUUGCCUUUCAAAGGUCAUAUUGGACCUGUCCGCUGUGUGGCAAUUUCGCAUGAUGGCCGACUCGUCGUCUCGGGAUCUGAAGACGCUAUGAUCCGUGUAUGGAAUUCUGAGACCGGGCAAUUGAAGAGCGUCCUCAAAGGACACGCAUAUACCGUCACUUCUGUCGCGAUUUCGUAUGACGGACAACGCAUUAUAUCCGGUUCGUAUGACAACACGAUUCGUGUAUGGGAUGCUGGGACUGGUCAGCUCCUAGGCGUGCCCCUCGAGGGUCACACGAACUGUAUCACAUCCGUCGCAAUUUCGCAUGACGGACGGCGUAUUGUGUCCGGUUCGGCAGACAACACGAUCCGUGUGUGGGAUGCCUCCACGGGGGACAUGCUGGGUUCCCCCUUUGAAGGGCACACGAAUGCUAUCUUCUCUGUCGCCAUUUCAGAUGAUUCCCGAUGGAUUGCGUCUGGUUCUUGCGACAAGACGGUUCGUGUUUGGGAUAUGAGCACUGGGCUGUUAUUUGGCAACCCCUUUGAGGGCCACACGGACGUGGUCAUGGCCGUUACAUUUUUAGGUGAUAAACUCAUCGUAUCCGGCUCCAUGGAUGCCACAAUCCGUACAUGGGAGAUUGGAGUGGAUCCGGCUCCCCCAGAUGACAAAAGCACAUUGCCUGCCGCCCGACCUCCGCACCACCGCCCUAUGUGGCUCAAGAAGAUGUGGAGUCGUAUCAGUCAUCAUGUCAAAGCGCGUGAUGCUGCAGCAUCCGUCGCGUCACGGAGGCCUGCACAAGUACAGGGCUGUCCUGGCAUUCGUUUUUCCUCCAAUCCUGUUCAUGCUCUCCGCUUGCCGUCACUAACUUUGCCACUCUUCUUUUCGCGCUCCCUAUUCCCCGAUGAGCAAGGCUGGCUUGUUGGUCCUAGUGGCGAACUAUUGUUCUGGGUGCCGGUUCACCUUCGAGCGCGGAUGUGGGUCCCUGCAAAUACGUUGGUAAUACCCGACGACGCUCUGCAGCUAGACUUGAGUAGUUUUGCGCAUGGAUUCUCCUGGCACGAGUGUCGUGGGUCUUAUCAUGGUGUGUAA